ACAUCACUAAAGAAAAAAAUGUCUCUAUCUCUCUCUCUAGUCUUUAUCUUUAGUAUUUAAUUUCUCCAUCUUCCUUAUGAUCCAUGCCCAAAGUCCUCUCCUUCCUCUUCUCUAUAACUACUUGAAGAAAUAGAAUUCAAGAAGAAGAAAGACGAAGAAGAAGAAGAAGGAAACAAAGCUUUGGAAAAUGGUGUUUGGUUGGAGAAAAACGUUUUGCACUUCCGUUCCAAGUAAUCAAGAAGAUAAACAACAACAACCUCAACACAUUCAUAACUCUGAAUCUGAUCAUCCUCCAAUUCCCACUCCAAGAUUCCGAUCAAAGUUUGGAUUUUUAUCCAACCCUUCAACUCCUCGUCUCCGAUCUCGUGGUGGUGGUGGCACUGGAUGCCGCUCCUCCGCUUCAACCGCAGUCACUCUCCCAUCUCUUCCAACUAGUCCAAAACUCCAUUGCAGAACCACAAGCAACGCUACUCCAAGGACAAGUAACACCUCAAGUCCCAAGUUUUUCUCUAACCCUUCUUCUCCUAAAUCAUCUUCUUCUUCUUCCUCUCACGGUGGCGUCUCUCUCCUCCGUGCCACGCUUCUUCUCAACAAGAGUAAUAGUAGCAGAUGUGGGAUUUGUUUGCAAAGAGUGAACUCAAACCAAACCAAUUCCACGGCGGCGAUUUUCACGGCGGAGUGUUCACAUUCUUUUCACCUCUCUUGCGCCGUUAGGUUAGAAGACAAGCGUUGUCCGUUUUGCUCCGCCGCGUGGAAUCACACCCCCAAGUCUAAUUCCACGGCUGUCACUAACAACAACUUCGGAUCCGACCCGAAUAGAAAACCCGAGAUCCGAGAAAUCAAAACGGGGAAGUCUCUGAGAGUUUACAACGACGACGAGCCGUUAGCUUACUCUCCCGUUUCUCUUGCUCAGAUCAACACUAUACAUGAAUCCGACGAAAACGACGACGUUGAAGAUGACGAUGAGUUCCCCGGAUUCUUCGCUGAUUCUUCUUUGACUGAUCCGACGACUCCUUCAAUCUCCGGGAACCUGGAAGUUAGGUUGCAACCGGAAUCCGCCGUAGUGGAAACCGGGAAAAGGAAGGAGACACACGUCGUCGUCAUGAAAUUGAAAGCCUCGUCGUCGUCGUCAUUCACAGACGCGAUUAAAGCGCGAAGACCGUCGAUAGACGUGGUGACGGUUCUCGAUUUGAGCAACGGCGGAGCUAAUUUGCAGACGGUGAAGCACGCGAUAAGAUCGGUGAUCUCUUUGCUCCGAGAGAUGGAUCGGUUAUCAAUCGUCGUUUUCUCGACGGGAUCGAAACGGUUAAUGCCGUUACGACGGAUGACGGCGAAAGGAAGACGAUCGGCGCGGCGGAUGGUCGACGCACUCGUCGGAAUCGAAACCACCGGCGGUGUAGGAAUGACCGUUAACGACGCGUUGAAGAAAGCGGUUAAAGUCGUUGAAGAUCGCCGGGAGAAGAAUCCGUCGGCGAGCAUCUUCGUUUUAUCGGACGGUCAGGAUCAACCGGAGGCUGUUUUGAAAGCUAAACUAAACUCAACGCGCGCGCCGUUCGUCGUUUCUACCACGCGCUUAUCUCGUCCGGAGAUCCCGGUUCACUCCGUCUACAUCGCGUCUCCUGGAGCGUUGCAUCACGCGCCGCUUCGAGACGCGUUCACCGAGCGAAUCGCUUCGUUGCUCAACGUGGCUCUCCAUGACGUGAAGCUUAACCUAGGUUUGGUCAACGGAUCUAAUUUGACCGAGAUUUCAUCGGUUUACUCUUUAACCGGUCGAUCCGAGAGUUUCGGAUCCGGUUCGGUCGUCGUGGUCGGAGAUUUGUUCGCCGGGGAGGAGAGAGAGUUUCUCGUUGAGCUCAAAGUUCCGACUUCGUCGAGUGGCUCCCACCAUGUAAUGUCCGUACAGUCUUCGAUCGUUGACCCUAUGACACAUCAGCCGAUGACGUGUCCUAAAGAGAAACGGUUUUUGAUCCCACGGCCACAAUCAGUCAGAUUCGUAUCUUCGAGCAUCGAACGGCUCAGGAAUCUACACUCCGUGUGCCGCGCCGUAGCUGAUUCGCGUCGGUUUAUCGAGCGUGACGAUUUAGCCGGAGCUUAUCAGGUCCUAACGAUGGCUAGGUCCAAUGCUACGGAUGAUGAUUGUUUAAGGAGCUUAGAAGGUGAGUUAGCUGAGCUGAGCCGGAUUAAACCGAGAAAUGGUUUAGUAAACCGAGCUGAAGAGAAACCGGAGCAGCUUACACCAACUUCGGCUUGGAGAGCAGCCGAGAAGUUAGCUAAAGUGGCUAUUAUGAGGAAGCAUUUAAAUCGAGUCAGCGAUAUGCACGGCUUGGAAAAUGCCAGAUUUUAAUUUUAAUUUUUCUUUUUUUCUAUAAUUCCAUUUCAAUGAUUUUUGAAUAUAUUGGGUAUAUAUAAAAUUAUACUAUAAUAAUAGCCAAUAAUUUAGUAAGGUAUAAAUUAAUAAUAGAAGUAUGAUUUUUAGAAAAGGACCCCUACUACUAGUACUACUAAGGUGGAUGAUAGCGACAAGCAGUAGCCGACGGGUGUGGCCUUUUGUAUGCAGAGAGAUUGAGACCCUACUUUGAGAAAUUAAUUGGUCUUAUUUUAUCUUCUUCCUUUUUGUAAUUUUCAGAAAAUCCAAAUUAAUAUGACUGAAAAGCUGAAAAA